AGCGCUUCGCUGGCUGGCUUCGUGCCUCCGACUUGGAGCGAGUUGAUACGUGAUUCUGCUAGUGCUAGGACGGAGCAAGCUAUGCCUGCAGCAACGGCGACAGCAGCAGCAGCAUCAGCAAUAGCGAGGCCUACGACUGGUCUGGGCAUUGGGAGUACAUCGCAGCCGCAUUCCAUCAACACCAGAUUAUGGGAUGCGUUGAACGGCUUCGCUCGCCAGCAAGUCGACGGCGUGCAGUACGGAGAGCUAUCAAGACUAGCGUCCACUGCUCCGCUCCCAUCUACUGCCUCGCCCAGUGUCGCCGAGGAGCAACCAAGAGAAAGUCCACAUCGAGAGCUUCAGGAAAGCAUCAGUCGGUUUCGACCAAUGAGACCUCCAGUCACUAUACCUCACGCUGAAAUGAUGGCGAGCCUACAUGCAGCUGGACCGUACAGUGCAACAGAGGUCGAUACAGAGGUUGCUACACCAAGUGUGCGUGGUACGCCUGUCUUUACACGCCCAUCACCCCGUAAUGCUGCGCAGACUACGAUGACACGACAGAUCGGUCGAGGGCCCUCCUCAGACUUCUCUCAACCACAGCGACCUUCUGCUCGACCUGUAAGUGCCGGGCCAUCCCUUUCGAUACAGGAAAUGUGCAACACGAUACAAAACUUUGGCCAUCGCAUCAGCCAACUCGAGAGCAUGUCCUUCGAUAACAUUCCGAGCAAUGAGGUGCGCCAGAGGUUUGAAAUGCAUGAUGGACGCCUGCUAGACCUCGAACACUGGCGAGCUGAGCAAGUCAAGGCUCAAGAAGCAGGCGACGGGCGACAAAACCUUGCAUCUUUUGAAGAGCGCCUUGCGGAACUGGAAAGCUGGCGGGAUCGCGACGAAGCUGAGGGUGACGUCUUGUCGUCGGUACCGCAAGCAUCUGGUAACAAGAAGAGAUCACUUUUGACGAGCGCUGGAAGUUUCGAAUCGGAUGGAUCCUUUGACCUCGGUGCUGCUCAGCAAACGGAAGCUAUCGUUCUCGCCACGCUUGCUGCUAAUGCUGAGACCGGCCCACGCAUCGAUGCACUCGAAACGCGUAUCUCGGAGCUUGAAAAUACCGCUCUGCCAUCUUUUGCCAGACCGUGGACGAUUCAAGUUGUCCUGCUCCCCUUCGGCCGACAGCUUCCCGGCGUGUGGUUCUCAUCGGCAGAGUCCACGCAGCAUUCGCUUCGUUCUGGGUCUCAGGUGCCUUCGCAAGAAUGGUCUGCCACACAAGAUGCCACCAGACUGCUUUCCUUCAAAUCUGCAGCCACGAGUGGCGCUUGGACUACAGAGUCGAUCGAAGCGUGGGCGAGAGAGACACAAGACGAGUGGUUGUCUCCCAAGGCAUGUGGGCCCAGCGGUACCGUCUUUCAGCGGCUUGCCAGUCGUGGCCUGGUUCGCGAAGUCGAGCUUCAGGCACCAGAUGCGGGCCACAUCUUCAGUGCUAUCUCAUCGGCAUUUGGGAAUAUUCUCUCCAUUGAAGGAGGAACGAUUCCAGAGCUGGAGGCCAGGUACAAUGGGCUCAACGAAAGGUACAUACCUCUUCGAAAGGUACGCAAGUCGUCUCGACUACGAUUUCUCAGUCAAGCCGAAAUGGUUACGCCCGCAACAUGGUCGGCCGGCUUUCUCGACUCCAGUGUCUUCAUGAAGUCGAAUGGCGAGAGAAGACUGUAUCUGACCACUCCGGAUGGAUACUUGCAGCCAUCCAGAUCCAGCUGGAGCUGGCAGGGCCUACGGAACUUGCCUCUGUACGAUGGCGACGGCGCGCUCCAGGCUGCUGAAGCUCUCGGCAAAGUUAUCGAUGCUUGCUGGUCCUUCACACCUCGACUAGACCACGUCACAAGUCCGCAGUCAUCGUAUGCCUCGGGAGACUCACCCUGGAACGAGUCUGUGUUCAAGGAUUUCCAUGAUCUUGAUGUCGAACAAGAUGUGGACGUGGGAUCACCAGUCGCCCGCAAACAAUUUGAACGCUGCUCGGUAUCCUUGCCUACCUCGCCCUCGGCGCACGUAAUGGAAGUUGACAGUCUCCCCAAGAGAAGAGUCACAUCCUUUGACAUUGAUGGCUCUGGAGACAUACAUCCUUCCACGGAAAGUUCCAGCAAAAGACGCCGGAUCUCAACAUCUCCCGAAUGGGAACGACGUGGCUUCGGAAUCACCCCGCGAUGGAGUCCACCUCAAGUAUCGGUUGAGGGCCAUCACCUGCGGAGCAGUCAAGCUGCUAGCAGUCGCGGAAGAGGCACCACACCAUUUGCCAUGCCCACUCCACGCUCUCACAAUGACUCUCGUGGCGAUGACCACGAUGAUGGCGAUGAUGAUGCCUCGAUCGAGGGCGAUGAUGUAGAGGAAGAAUGGGAAGGCAUGCCAGAUGUUCCGACAAUUUCCCCGGCGGUUCCUGGAAGUCGUCACAAAUUCAUCAAAAUGGACGAGGAUGUUGACCAAGACGAUCUGGAUGCAGGAGAAACGAUCUACGAGGUGUACGAUGAGAUUUGAUUGUGACAUCGAAGAAUGCCUGGGCUGGUGUACGAUCCAGAGACGAGCAACAGAACCACCACGUACCGCACUACUCAUUGUAUGCAUGGCUUUUCCCCGGCCCUGCGAUGUAUAAGACUGCAACACUACUUACUACUCCCGGCAUCUCAUGAAUUGUAGAUUAGUCAGAAUGGAUACCCCACCUUAUCUUACCCAUAGGUACCUACUGUAUAUACACAUAUAUAGCUCUCCAAUCACAAGAAAAGUGAC